AUGGCGGCAGCCGUCGUCUUCCACCUCCUCGGCCUCCUCCUCUCCGCCGCCGCCGCCGCAUCCGACGACCUCGGAACCCUCCUCCAAAUCAAAGCCGCCUUCCGAGACUCCAACCCCAAAUCAAUACUCGAUUCGUGGGCGGCCGAUGCCUCCGCCUGCGAGUUCCCCGGAAUCACCUGCGAUUCCGGCGGCUCCGUCACCGGAAUCGACCUCUCGAGACAGAACCUCCACGGCCCGCUCCCCGUGAACCGCAUCUGCCAGCUCAGAUCCCUAGAGAAGCUCUCCGUGGGUGGGAACAACCUCAGCGGCCGCGUUGCCGAGGAUCUCAACAACUGCUCCUCCCUCAACUACUUGGAUUUGGGUAACAAUUUCUUCUCGGGCCCUUUCCCUGACAUAUCCGCCAUGAACGGGCUCGUCUAUCUGUACGCCAACGCUAGUGGAUUCUCGGGCCCUUUCCCGUGGACCUCCCUCAAUAACAUGACCAAUCUUCAGGUUCUGAGCCUGGGCGAUAACCCCUUCCAUCGGACCCCUUUCCCGCGCGGGAUUCUGAAUCUCACCAACCUCAACUGGCUCUACUUGACCAACUGUAGCAUCGACGGCAAUAUCCCUGAAGAAAUCGGGAAUCUCGUACAACUAAUUAAUUUAGAACUUUCAAUGAAUAAUAUCUCCGGCGAAAUACCCAGAGGUAUCACAAAACUCAGUAGCCUCUGGCAACUCGAGCUCUACAAUAAUAGCUUAACAGGAGAAUUGCCUCCCGGAAUGAAAAACUUAACCAAUCUCGAGUUUUUCGAUGUCUCAACCAACUUUCUGCAAGGGAAUCUAUCCGAAAUCCGGUUUCUCAACAAGCUCAAGAGUCUGCAACUUUUCGAGAACCAGUUCUCCGGCGAAAUUCCGGCCGAACUUGGGGACUUCCGGAACCUGGUCAACUUAUCCCUCUACACCAACAAGCUGACGGGCACGCUUCCCGAGAAGCUCGGCUCCUGGGCAGAGUUCAACUUCAUUGACGUGUCCGAGAAUUUCCUGACUGGCCCAAUCCCACCGGACAUGUGCAAGAGGGGCACCCUGAAGAUGCUCCUGAUGCUGCAGAACAAGCUGACCGGUGAAAUCCCGAGCAGCUACGCCAACUGCACAGCGUUGCUACGGUUCCGGGGCUCUAAUCCCCGUCGCACUUUGUCUUAG